UUUGUGGGUAUGUUUUGUUUUUAUUUUUAGAAUUUCAGCUAGCACUCCUCUAUUCAUCUUUCCUCUACUCUAGGGUUUUUCCCAAGUAGGGUUUUGUUAGGGUAAUGAUGCUCAUGUAUGGCGAAGAGCGCAUAUGAUUGCAGGAAGAAAGAGAAAUGUACAGAAAACGAAUUGAAAUUAUCGGACUUGCUAUACAACGAAGACAUUAUUCAUACCAUUUGUGAUUGAUUGCUGUUGUUCUCACUAUACUUCCAUACCACACCGUUCCAAACCCUCUUCCCAUUUCCCCCAAAACCUAGAAAAUGUUGAGGUCUCUUGUCAGAGCUGUCAAUUCAGCAACAAGAGCCCAACAGAGCCUCUCGAACUCUCUAAUCUCUGGUUCUACUACUCAGCUCUUGAAUUCGAGAACCUAUGCUUCGAAGAACAAGUCCGAUUCCAAGAAAUCCUCAAAGUCUAAGGGCAAGAAAGGCCAAUCCAAGUCCGAUCCCAAAUUCAAUGCGAAAUCCAAGCCCGAAGCCAAAGCCAAACAUACCGCCGAGGUCACCGCCGACGAUUCCGUCCCGGACAUCGCGGUCGACGACGAGCUUCGUCUCCGCCGGCUCGCGGAGGACGAGAAGAAUAAGGCUCUCGACGUUGGCCCUAAUGGGCGUCCUCUGUUUACCUCCACCAGUUCGCUUGCUCGACUCAAUAGAAAAGACACCUGCAGUUAUAUGAAAUUCAGAAUGGUGGAUCUGAAUGCCGUUUUACCAGAGGGGUUGCCGAUUGGAAUGGUGAAGGAGUUUGAGGAGUCCAAGCGGGAUGCACUGCUUGUCCGGCAGAGUUUUUUGGAUCUUCGUGAUAAUUUCAGGCGCAUUGUUGAUCCACCAUUGCAUUUUGCAGAUGGUAAAGGUCCAAAAGUUCGAAAGCAGAUUGUUUUGGAUGGUCCUGUUAGCUGUGGGAAGAGUAUUGCACUUGCAAUGCUUGUUCACUGGGCCCGUGAUGAAGGUUGGCUGGUUUUUUAUGUCCCCAGUGGUCGAGAGUGGACUCAUGGAGGAUUUUUCUAUAAAAACCCACAAACUGGUCUUUGGGAUACUCCUGUUCAGGCAGCAAAUAUUCUCCAGGAUUUUUUAAAAUAUAAUGAAUCUCGCUUAAAACAAUUACCAUGCCAAAUGUUUGAUCCUAUUCCUUUGGGAGAGGGUACUGGUGUUGGAUGGAUGAAAGGGGUUGAUUCUAUGACAAUGCCCGAAGGUUCAACAUUGUAUGAUCUCAUUCAAACAGGACUCACGUACACACAUGCUGCUGUUGGAGUGGUAGUUCGUUUGAGAAAGGAGUUAUCACUUAUAAAAGACAUACCUGUCCUUAUUGCAAUUGAUCAAUAUAAUAAUUGGUUCACAUUCAGUGAGUAUGGGGAGCCUGUAACUGUUCGCUCUUGCCGAUCCAUUCAUGCUAAAGAGCUUGCAACGGUGAAUGCAUUUAGGUCAAUGAAGCACAAUGAUAUGAUGGUGGGAGCUUUCUCUCAUUCAACAGCGGUAGGGAAGCUACGCAUGGACCUGCCAGGUGUUCCUCAUGAUGCUCGGAUUAAUUUUCCCCGCUACAGUUUGGACGAAGCUGCCACUGUUUGCCACUACUACCUCAGGCAAAGACUAGUACGUCGUGAAGCAUUCUCGGAGGAAGGUUGGAAGAAGAUAUACUACCUGUCCAACGGGAAUGGAUCAGAGAUGAGGUGGUUGGUUCCUUUUAUGCGGUGACCACGGAAGAGAGUUUAUUAGACGCAGCUUUUUUGAUGCACCACAGACAGAAUUGAUAGUUAGCUCUCACAACUUUCGGCAUUUGGUCCAUUCUGUUAAAAUAAACCGCGAGACUGCUGUUUUUGGAUUCGUAAUAUUCUAAAAGUGGUCGGUGAGGUCAGGGGCCGGACAUACGUUUCACUUGUAACCUAAUUGGUUGUAAGCAUCUUCUUUCUCCCUGCCAAUGGUUGCUUUUUGAAGACAAUGUAUCAUAUAUAGAUUGAUUUUUUUGACAUUCUAUACUGAGACCUGGCAAAUUGGCUUCAUGUAUGCGUCUGUGUGUUUUCUCACUUAAUUCAUUCUGGUUUACCAAUGUUUAGCAACCAGUUCAAGGUCCAAUGGAGCUCUAUUGCUCUACCACACUAUGUAUAAUCACCUUGUUUGAACUUUAUGCAGAUCCUCUAAUCAAUGGGUUAUCUUAAUUUCCUAUGGUA